AUACACCAAACUGAAAGUAGACUUGAACGAUAUUGACAACAGAUUGACUUGACUUUGAUGAAAAAAUCUGGCCUACAGACAUGCUCCUUUACACAGCUGUAUGCGCUGCAUUUUUUAUCUUCACUAACAUUGUCAUUGUUGCGCCGUUAAACAAAAAUGUUGAGCAAAUCUUCAAGACAAUACAAAGCCUUCAGGUCAAGAAGGACGCUGAAUUCAGGGUGUUUCCAUUACAAUGGCAAGCGCAACAUGGUGUAUACCCAAGUGAGGUGAGAUUGAACUUCCACGGUGAUGAGCAGUACUAUGCUGUUAGAGAAUUGUUCAAGAUUCCAGAUACAAACAUGUUUGCUCCCGCUUGGGUAACAUCAUGCAUUAUUGAGGCGUAUGCUUUUGGAAAAGCUUCAAAACCCGGAUCUGAACAAUUGAAAAUGUCACUUGAGGCUGUAAGCACAUUUACAAACCAGAAUAAACCAGGAUCUGAUUCAGAGAAAACUUUCUGGCCCCAGGUUUUGAAUAAAACUGAAAAGACUUAUACAAGUACACCAGUUAAUCUAUUUGAAGUGCUGCGUUUUCCAGAUUAUCUACCCAACAGUUUGAUUGAAGAAUUGCUUGAGAUAAUCGGACUGAAGGAUUUGGAGCAUGUGUAUGAGCUACUGGUCAAGGAAAGGCAUAUUUUUGCAGAAGCCUUUCACAUCCCUCCCGACUUUGAUGACACAUUUGUGAAUGUUGGAUUAGGAAGUAUGCUGGCUCAAUUCGCAGAAGACUUCCCAUCAGAACAGCAGCAGUGGAUGGCAGAUAAUUCACACUUGCAAUCUGUGUUUGAUAAUCUAAAGAAAUAUGCAUACAGGCCUCUAUCAAGUGAAUCAAGAGUGAAUACGAUAGAUCCGCGGACGUACCUGUACAUGCACGGAUUCCUGGAAAAGGCGGUUUCAAAUCAACAAGAUGUUGCCUUGGUUACCACUUGGUUACAAGACAUCGAUGAGGUGAAAACCAUGCUAGAUCGUGGUGUUGCCAUGCCAUUUAGCGUGAACAACGUUGACAUAACAGUGUGUGCCAAUGUUUUGUAUGGAUUGACCACUUGUCUUGGGACUGGACUCUGUAAGGGAGACUGGGUAGACAGUGAUAUACAGCAAAUCUAUAUGAACACCACUGCUUUGUUAGCCUAUGAGAUGUCGACAAAUCUGUCAUCCCGGCCUGAUCUUGCACUGACUUACUACCCGUCUCGUUUUGAGUUCUAUUGGUUUACGAGUCGAGCGUUCGCCUGGCUAAACCGGUUUCUGCCAGGCCGUAUUGGGAAGCUAGAUGAAAACGUUUUCAAGAUGCUGAACUAUGCCUAUGAAAGUCUCGGUGUAGCCCUGAAGACAUAUGUGACACAAGAUAUUUUGACCAUCAUCCAAGAUAAAGGUCAUGGUUGCUAUAUUGACGAUUUUCUUGGCAACAACGACUUUGAUCUCUUUAACAGAUCAGUGAAUCGUGCAGAAGAUCGUAUAUUUUCCACAGCUGUUUCAGCCAAUGCACUUAUCAGCACCUACACAAUAUGGUCAAAUGGCUCCCUGCUCUGGACGUCAGAUACUCCGACCACAGUCCAUGACAGAGUACAUUGUUUGAUUCAGUGGCUGUCCAACAACGUCUUAUCAACAAAGUACAAGCCUUGGAAUGCGUUCUUUUCCGGAUCAGGAAAAGGAAGAAAGAGUUUACCAUUCUUCUACCCAGCAAACAGAAUGGAAUACUUCAAUGGUACGAAAUUCACCGACAAAACCUUCCCAACUGACAUCCACAACAUUAUCGGAAUGCAGAGAGUAGUUUCCCCUAGUUUGUAUGACGCCAUGUUAAAACAGCCUCACUUUGGUCAAAUGACCCCAAUGACCUUUGACGGCUAUAAUAGUGAACCUGGCAUGUUUUUCCCAUUUUGGUCAUCGGAGGCUUUUACCUAUGCAACUUCUUUAGUAGCCAUCUCUCACUAUGAUAAUAUUGCUAAUAAUUAACAUUUUUGUGAGCCUUAGUAGCUCCUCUUGUUUUUCGAAGACAAAAAGGUCAAAGUUUUGUCAUAGCGUGGGGGUUGUUUUUGGCGUCAGUGGGAAAUCUACUUUCCUUUGUUAAAACUCAGGAUCUGCUAAAAAUGUUCAAAUGAGACUUUGUACACAUGUUACCGGAAACUUUACAAUCAUUUUUAACAAGACUCGUUUAUUUAUCCGGCAUUAAUAUUUGCCGAGUUGUGCUCCUUAUGUGUUUGAUAAAAACAGACAAGUGUUAGCGUUCGCUCUGUCUAGCUCUUGUUUAGAUGUUGACAACAUUCCAUGUUUACAAAAAGAAAUACAACCAUGCUGUUUUUUUUAAAUGUGCAGUAUUGAGCCCAAGUAUAAGAUAACUUCUAUUUUGGUGUUGUUUUAUAUUAGUUUUAUUGAAAAGAAAAGAAACUGAUAGAAUCUAUGUUUAAUAUGCUUGUAUCUGUAAUGAAAAUAUGUUUAAACUCUCAUUUUGUAAAGCAAAGCGAAUGUUUAUAUAAUCGGAUUUUUAAAGUGUUUACUAUUAGUCAUUUUAUUAUACCCCCCAAAACAAAGUUUGGGGGGAGGGUAUACUGGAAUCGGGUUGUCCGUCUGUCCGUCUGUCUGUCUGUCUGUCCGUCUGUCCGUCUGUCCGUCCGUUUUUUUUUGUCCGGGAUUCAUCUUUGUCGUUAUUGAACAAAUCUUUUUCAAACUUUCAGAUAUUAUUGGCCAUGAUGUAAACUUGCGCCUCUGUGAAAUUGGUACGGGUCACAUGACCCUGACCAGAGUUAUCUCCCCUUGAUGUGUUAAAGUAGGCAAAAUAAGCCCUGUCCGGGAUUCAUCUUUGUUAUUAUUCAACAAAUCUUUAUCAAACU